UCGCGAGAACUAUGACUCAGGCGAAACGCAUAGCGCAAUCGGCAAGGUUAUUUGCAUUGCACGAGCAAUGCCUCUGCCAACAAUCCAUAUAGACACUCGUGUUGCAGCGUUAUGCGCUCGAAAGUGCAGUUUGUUUUCGUGUACCAGUUCGAGAUACAUCUAUCAAGUGGACGAGGCUGGUCGACGAUGCGUGGAAUACCCUAAAAUUCUGUUGCCUUCACGUUUUUGCUCUCUUCUCGCGCGCCCCGCGUAAUCUAGCGAUAAGCGUUUUUGGCAACGUUACCACCGAUCCCCGCGGCUGAUUGUAAUUUACCAAAUGCGACAUAGUAACCGUUCCACGAAAUCACGACGUGGAACAAGCGUUUUUAGAUCCACGGUUCGUGCAACGUGACCGAACAGCCUCUAACGUAAACUGUCAAAAUGGGAAGGAAACUAUACUUGUUAUCCUUCGCUAAGACCUGCCGCCUCAUUUUCACAAAAUAUCCACCACCUGUGCACAAGAACUAAGUAACUUUUAAUCAACGUAACUACAACCGCAAGAACCACUACCACCGAAUUGCGGGCAACGUAACUAAAAGCAAGAAAUUAUAAGUAACGAAGAGAAGCAAACGAACAUUUAUCAAGCUAAUAAAUGUCAAGGUGGUGGAUCCAGUAAAAUUGAAACAUUAAAAGGACAAUAAUAUAAUACCGUAACUCUAUUGUAAAUAGGAGAGAAGAUGAUCACCCUGGAGGUAGCGGAGUCUGUAAAAGUUCUUGGGUCUAGGAGGAGCUUUAUUAAAAGGACAUGAGGAACCCGGCAUUACACCUGGUUGGGAUAGCGGCGUCCCCUGGAGGUGGUGAAGUGUUUGGCACAAGGGCCGAGGAGGAGUUACGCCAGUGGCUGGAAGCACGCUUGGACGCAUUGGGAAUCGACCCAGUUGCGUACUCGCGUUUUGUGCUUAGCCUACUGCGUCGCCCCGACUCGGCCCUCAGUCCUCCAGAAGAAGCAGUUGGUACAGGUAGAAACGGAGGACGUCGCAUUCGUGCCCGACCUAAAGCAAAGCUACCGACGCAAGGGGAUAGAGAACAGAGACGUGCUGUUGUGCAAUGUCUGACAAGUGCUGCUGACAACAAAUGCGGGGUGGAAACGCUAGUUGAUGAAUUAUGUAUGAAAUUGCGGGACUUGGAAGGGGGUGGCUCAAACGAGAAAGAGGAGGAAUCGGCGAAGUCCGAUGGUAAAGACAAAACGAACUUAGAAUUGCUUACACCUCGCGACAGGGCUCUCAGAUACUACGCAGCGUUUCCGGCUUUGCAACCUACGACUAUCAAAAAGUUUUCUCAAAGGAAGGAUCGAAACUUUGGAAACAACAAUAACAACAACAAUAAUAAUAAUAACAAUAACAAAAUCAACGGAGUCAACUAUAACAAUAACAAGAACAACAAUAAAUCACGCAAUAAGAAGACUAAAAUGUCCAUUAGUAUUGACUCGCGGAGAACGGAAGACAAAGAAAGCUUUGGGUUUGCUAAAUCGAUGGAGCGCGAAAGAGAAAAGGAACGGGAAUUGGAAUUAGAUCAACUUAGAUUGGCGCAAUUGCAAGCGAAGUUCGACGAGAGCUUGGAAGCACUUUGGGAUUCAGGACCAGGCAAUGCACAGGACACAGCCUCUAUCUGGGCAGCUCCCACUCUCUCUAUUCCUUCAGGACCCCUCUGGCCGACAGACACUACAGAGACAAUCUUUACUUUAUCCACCUCGGACAAUGGUUAUGCUACCGAUACGCCAUACCAAGAAUCAAUCGUUGACGACUCGCCGCUCAUUCCAUGGGAUAUCGACUUAAUCAGCAUUAAAGAUUACGCGGAUGAAUGUAGUAACAAAAAUAAAUCAGAGAGCAACAACGUUAACUGGUCCGACACGGUUAUGGAUGGAUCAUGGUGCUGGAAAGGGCUUGGCAGUAACCUGACUGCUUUGAGCCACAGCCCUCAGACGGGGAGUUGCUUCUUUCCAGUCGCGCCGCGUAAGACGCCCAUUGGGACGCGCAAGGAACCCCGUUCAAAUCUGAAGGUGAACAGCCUGCCGGAACCGGACGAGGAUUUACUCACAUCCGCUCGCACGCACUUUCGUCCCAUAAAGGAUGACGGUCAGUGGGCCGAUGGAACCACGUUCCCUGUGAACAAUACUUUAGAGCGGGUUGCGUAUCGUAGAUCCGAGUCAGGAAACUUGUUAUACCUUCCUGGCGGGGAGAGUCCGUACAUGGAGUAUCGAGAGAACGACUCGCCGAUCCCUCCGGUAUCGUCGAAUUUAACGUUGAAAUUCAGGGUGCGUCAAUGUGACAAGUGCGUACAAACCGAGCCCGUUCGAUCUCCGGUCAAACGCAGAAUACUCUCCGAGCAGGAUCACUUUCACUAUACUCCGAUCGGAGUGGAAGAUACGGUUAUCCGCGAAGAGGAGAAAAUUGAGAAAGAUUGCUAUGCAUUGGGUCAACUGGGCUGGGUACGUUCUAAUGUACCUCUGCACAAUGAUAGGAAGAGAAGGCACAGUAGCAGCUUCGGAUGCCAGCCUCUUACGACAUUACGUCCGUUGACCUUAUGAACUGGAUAAAUACGAGCACAAAAAGACGCUCGAAUUGACUGGAGAUCCGAGGUUUAGCUAUACGUUUCUUUUCCAAGACGAAGACGCAAACCGUUAAUGAACACGACAAGAAGGGGAGCCUCUUGGCAUGUGGAAUUUGUUAUGCAUGUAUCCAAGACGGUGCCGUUAAUAAUAAUAAUAAUUAAUAGUAAUAAUAAUAAAAAAAAAAAAAAAAUAUUCCCCGUUGUCGUUAAACAAAAGAAGUAAAAAGCAAAAAUAACGCAAAGCGAUACGAAGCGAGGUGCGAGGACGAAAGGAAUAUUAAAUGUUCAUUUAGAUAAUUAUUAAUUAACCCCUUUGACAAAUAAAACGAAGAAAAACGAAAUGGAACAAGGUGAAGCAAAAAAAAAUGGUGUACAUGUUACGCAGCGUUUAACGAUGUGCUUUGGCGUGCACGCGCGCGACAAAAAGGGAGAAGAUAAAAUAAUAAUAAUAAAAAAGAAAAGGAAAAAAAAAUAUUGUAUUGAGAGAUGUAGUUCACGAGGAUUUCGUUUUGUAGCUUGUUAAAUAAUUUUAUGCGAACUUUCGAAGGAGGGAAGAGAAGAAGAAAAAAAAACAAACGCAAAAGAAAAAAAAAUUAGUGCGCUGAUUUUCUGUAGAGCUCGUAGCACAAGCAGUUUUCCUUUUUUUCUGUUUCUCGUCCAAUGCGGUAGGCAUUCCCGGGGCGCGUUUCAUUGGAUGACGCGCCUCGAACAACGAGAGUGAAAGA